AGUUCCUGUAUGAGCUCAGUGAGAUGAACCUUAGUACAGUGUUCGCGAGCGGGUCACGUGACUCGCGUUUUUCCGCGAAGCCCGCGCGCAAUUUCUUCCUCCAGCGGGACAGUAGCGGCGACACACAGCGCGCGUGUUCCCUCCCUCGCUCUGUCACACACACACACACACACACACGGAGCUCCGAGGCACCCUAGCAGCGCGUCGGCGGAGGAAAAGUCACGUUAAAAGCCACUAAAACCGAAAUGCGAGUCUCGAAUCCGACAAGAUAACAGCGUCCUGACUUUGGGAAGUCGGUGGACUCCUCCUGCCCGCGGAGCUAAGAGAAAAACCCGAAACCUCCACGCUACGGGUGAAGAACACGGAACCAUCUUUCUUAGCUUGUAUCUGAAUUUGGCAGCAAUGAGUGCCAGGUCAGCCAUCAACAAAGAGAUCUUUAUCCCUCACAAUGAGAGGAUGUUGGCAGCCGUUCAGGUGAAGAGGAGGACUAAGAAGAAGAUUCCCUUCCUGGCUACAGGUGGUCAGGGUGACUACAUGACUUUCAUCUGCCUAUCAGUGACCAACAAGAAGCCAACAGAGAUCUCAAUCACCAAAGUGAAACAGUUUGAGGGCUCUUCCAUGUUUGUCAAAAGAUCCCAGUGGAGUCUCGACCAGCUGCGGCAGGUGAACGGCAUUGACCCGAACAGGGAUUGUCCAGAGUUUGACCUGACAUUUGAGAAUGCGUUUGACCAGUGGGUGGCCGGCUCAGCUGGGGACAAGUGCGUGUUUGUGCAGGUCCUACACAACACGUGUCAACGUUACAGUGCAGAAAGAAAACCAGAGUUUGUCAACUGCCAGUCCAAACUGCUGGGAGGUAACAGCAUCUUGCACUCUGCAGCUGACAGUGUGACUAGUGCAGUUCAGAAGGCCAGUCAGGCACUGAAUGAGCGUGGAGAGAGGCUGGGUCGGGCGGAGGAGAAAACAGGGGACAUGAUGAACAGUGCACAGCAGUUUGCUGAUACUGCACAUAAGCUUGCCAUGAAGCACAAAUGUUAAACUGUGCCAAAUCACGGAGGGUUCUGCAAACGACGGCCAGACAUUCACAGAGUGGACGGAUUUUAGAUAUUAUUCUUUAAACAAAACAUAUUUAAAAAAAUAGUAUUACGACUUAAUGCUGUUCUGAUGUUCCGGAAGAGGAGUUCAAGCUGGGGUAAAUGAUGUCUGGCCCACUGACUGUAUGAUGAAAAAGCAGCUAAAGCAUUUUAUCAUGUUAUCUUUUCAGGAGAUUCUCUCCUGGUUUCUUUUCAGAGGUAGAGGGGUAGAAAGGUUACUGGGGUCCUGGAUGAAGGAUUAUAUUACAGAAGGAAAUGGGGCACUGUUUUACAUUUAGGUCCAAUUAAACCAGUUAUACAGAAGACGAGCAUUUUGUUGGAAAUUGCCCAUGGGUAUGACUUAUUUCUUAUCUCUGAACCUGUAAUGCAUUUCAUCAGUGAGCUCUACUUUUGGAGAGGGCCGAAUGUUGCUUGGGCAUAACGCAACCAUAUCUUUCACCAAAUAUUUUACAUAUAUGCUGUGAUUAACACUAACACUGACAGAAUCAACUGUUUACAUUUGAUAACAUUUUCAUGAAUUUAGUCAAUAUUUCAUGUCUUUCGAUCAUGAUAAUAGAGGAUAAUCCAAUAGAAUUAGAAGUUUGCCGUCAGGCCGAAAUGUUUAGCAACAUAUGUAUUUGCAUAUCUGAAAACUUCUCGAGCAAAUCAGUGCACUAUGGUUCAAAAAAACGUUUUCCAGAUAUAAAUAGUUGGAUUUAAGUGAUCGGACUUUAAAUUGAUCACUGUGUCAGAAGUGCAAUAGGCACAAGUUUCAGUUUCAGCUUUCAUUUUUUUUCAGUAAAAUGUUUGAUAAAAGUGGGGCUUUUGAGGUCACUCACUUGUGAGGAAAAUACGGAUCGAGUCUUACAACUUCACACCUCGGUUGCCACUGACAUGUUACUUUGCAGCAGUUGUAAAAUAUUAAGUGGAGACUGUACCAGGUAGUUUAGUUCAUCAGUUAGUUGUUACAUACUGCCAUAGCCAGUGAGCUUUUAAUGGUGUACUUGACUGUCUUUAUUCUGUAACCAUAUGUGAUAUCAAAUGAUUUGCUUCUCAGAGUGGACUGAGGUUUGAUUAUUUAAUGCUCAGACAUAAUUAAAUGUUGAUCCUCAUCUAAAACUAAUUAGUUUUAGAUAUUUUUAAGAAUUUGUAUGACUUGUUUGUGAACCACAGAGCACCUCAAACUGUUUUAUUUGUAGCAAUAUUUGGUGGCUUUCAAAUAGUCCUUCGUAACCAUUGCUGUUUAUAUAAUAGCAGAUUUAAUUACAGACAGCAGCUUACUGAGUCCGAGGUGCUCGUUUAUCUCGUACGGUCAUGAUCCACUGAAUCACCUUUCAACAGAAAUCUGUAAAAUAAUACAGUGGUCAUUCUUCUAAUGCUAAUGUAAACAGUUUUGAAUGCAUAUGUAAUAUUAACUGCCUAUCAUUUCCAAGUGCAUGAAUGUUCAUGUUUUUUUAAAUGUUAUCAGUGUUUCUCCACAAUUCAUUUCCAACAUGCACACUUUUACAGAUUCAUACGCCAUAUUUCUUAGUAACGGACCAUGCUUACAGACCGUACUAACUGCUUAAACCCUGUGAAUGUAGUUGUUCAGAUUUGCAUUAUUAAUUUCAUUAUUAUCGGAUACGCCUUUUAACAAUCCCAUAUGCAGCAGGAUUCUCCAGUCUCUGUGCUGGAUGAUGAGAAUUAUGAAGAAUAUCUCAGCCCUGGGUUUAAUUUUUAAAUAUAGAUAAAUGUUUAAAGACUGUAGAUAAUAAAGCCAGAUUGCACAAAGUCAGUUUUCAGACUGUAAAACUUCAUUACAGGUUAAAUAAAGGAAGCUAUUUUAUUAAAUUAUAUAUUUGUGCUACAUUCCUCAAGUGCUGACCAUAAAGAAGGUGAAAAGGUCAGACAUGUUAUGUUAGAUGUUCAGCACAAACUGUUGAUUUAGUCCCAAUAGUAGUGCCUUUGUCAAAUAUGUUUUAUUUCUUUUAUGAAAUUAAUCAUGGUUAUUUUCCUUAGCAAUGGCUUUAUUUGCAAAAUGUUAUGUAUGUAAUGAAUAUUCAUUUAUCAUUCCAUUCCAAAAUGGUCUCUUCAAAAUUCAAAAUAAUCAUAGUAUUGUUUUUAUAUGGAGUUUUAUAUCUAAAUCUAAUUACCAGUGUAUGUGAUCCAGUGUGUAUGUUCACAUGAUGCAUCAUAUCUGUAGGAAAUUUGUUUUUUCGUUUUAUUUUUUCAAAAGUUCACCAUUUGUAUCUCUCUAAAUAAAGGCAUGAGCAAAGAGUCUGUAGCGUGUAACUCAAAAAUCCCUGACAUUUCUGGCUCGUCACUUCUCCCAGAAACUUUCAUCUCUCCAUGCAAUUUACUUUAUAUAGUGGAAACAGUUUAAAGCAAUCAGGGAUUCAUGCAUCAUUUUUUUUUUUUCUAUUUGUAUUUUUUAUUUAUUCAUUUGCAUUGUCACUAUCCGAUCGUGUCAUCAUGUAAUCUUGCAUGCCUUUGUGUUUUUGUUAAGGGCUUUGCAUGUAUUACUUUGGGAAAUUUCUUUUACAUUUAGUAAAACUCUUGCUUCAUGUGAGUAACCCAGAACCCACUUCAACCAAAUCGGUACUUAGUCGCAGCUUUAAUAUUUCUGGAUUUGCUACAGUUUUGGCAAAACUGAAGGUAGUUGUGAAUAGAUUUCACCUAAAUUUAAUGUUUGAAUUAUUAGUAUUGUAUUGUGUCUCUUAUUUCAUUUCCAUUCCAUUGAUUCCAUUUCAGAGUUGCUCCCUUAAAAAGCUGUUUCGAAAUCGAAUGUCCACAGAAUACAUAAUGCUCAUAAUAAAUUGGGUCCAUACCAUUUUAUUUUCCACCAAGUACAAAUGUGUUUUUAUCAAAUAUGUGACUUUGAAAGGAUGCGAUUCUCACUAUAAAGUUUUGUCAGUGAACGUUAUAAUAGAAAUUAUAAUUAUAAUAAAAACUCCUUAUUAAACCUGAGUACUACUUGAACUGAAGACUGACUGAAUGUCUAUGGGCAAACGGUAAUCUCAGAUUUCACUAUUAAUAAUAACGACAAAUCAAACUUUAUUUUGGACACGUUAAUUACAUGUAAUGCUUUUAAAUUUAACCAUUUACAAGUUAAAAAAGUUGUAAAAAAUUAUAAAAUGAAAGUAACCCAUUGAUUUAAAUGUUCACACUCUGCUGUUUGGUUCCUAGCAGGGGAAAUGUAAAAUGCUGGCAGAAUUUAGUGAAUAUCCCACUGAUACACUCCGAGUAACAUAUGCUAUGUUUUAUUUCACAUCAAUGUGUUUUUUCCAAAAGAAAAUCUCCUUUGCACUGUGCUUUUUGCUCAUGCUUCCAUAAGGGUAAUAAUAUUCAAUGUUUCGUUUUACUUUUUAGUUUACUAAUGUUUUGGAGUUGAAUUUCUGGUCAAAAUAAAAUAAAGAAAUAUAUCAAA